AUGGCUAGCCAGUCACAAGGAAUACAACAGCUUCUUCAUGCUGAAAAACGAGCUGCAGAGAAGGUUGCUGAGGCCAGGAAACGCAAGGCUCGGCGGCUGAGGCAAGCGAAGGAAGAGGCACAGGGUGAGAUUGAACAGUAUCGUCUGGAGAGGGAGAAGGACUUCAAACAUAAGCAAGAAGCAGUUAUGGGAUCCCAAGGUAACUUGGCAGCGGAGGUCGAGCAACAGACACGUCAGAAGAUCCAGGCAAUGCAGGCCAACCAUCACCGUAACAAGGAGAAAGUCCUUCGCCAACUGCUAAUGCUGGUGUGUGACAUCAAGCCUGAAAUACACCACAAUUAUCGCAUUAAGAUGUAGGCAAGCAUAAAAUGUGAUGAUCUACCAUUGCACCACAACCGGUGCCUCAACAAUAAUGGCUAGCCACUUGUCAAAAACUAAAAUUCAGACCUGGUUAAGUGAUUGGCUAAAGCAUCAAUUCUCCUGCUUGUAAUGUACUGCUCACAAGUUGUAAAUUAUUGUGUCUCUCCCAGUUGUUCAUGGGAAUAACUGAGAAUACAUGAAGUCAUGUAAAAUAUGCUACACACAGAAAGCCAGCAUUGAUCUAAAAACAUUUGCCACUACUAUUAGAUUCAACUUCUGAAAAUUGGGAGUU